AUGCUGACGAUCUACAAGGACUUGGAUCUUAACAUCCCGGCUGACGUGACCAUUGAGAUCAGCUCCCGUGUCGUGAAGGUCAAGGGCCCGCGUGGUGAGCUCGAGAAGAACCUCCGCCACCUUGCCAUGGACAUGCGCCUUGUGAGCGACGCCAAGGGCAACAAGAUCAAGUUCAUUGUCUGGCACGGUGCCCGCAAGCACCUUGCUUGCCUCCGUACUGCUAAGGCUGCUGUUGCCAACAUGAUCAAGGGUGUGACUAUCGGCUUCCAGUACAAGAUGCGUGCCGUGUAUGCCCAUUUCCCGAUCAACAUGAUCAUCGCCGGUGACAACAAGAGCGUUGAGAUCCGCAACUUCUUGGGUGAGAAGCGUGUCCGUAAGGUCAUCAUGCAGGAGGGUGUGACGAUCAAGGAGGACAAGGCCCAGAAGGACCAGGUUCUCGUUGAGGGUAACGACAUUGACGCCGUCUCGCAGAGCGCUGCUCUCCUCCACGGUGUGACGCUAGUGCGCAACAAGGAUAUCCGCAAGUUCCUUGACGGUAUCUACUGCACUGAGAAGACCUCGAUCGUCCAGGUUGAGGCUUAA